AUGUUGGGUAAUGGAAUCGUUGAAUUAUUGGUGACUUCAGACAAUCCAUGGAGAGGUACAGCUGGUACCCUACCCGAGUUAUUUUUAAUGACUGGAAACUUCAACACUAAUGGAACUGGUAAUUUAAACUAUCUUGAAUUGUAUCAGCCUGGAAAGCCGAAAAUGGCCAUGGAAUUUUGGUCAGAAUAUAGCCCAGUCACCACAAGCUACGAUUAUGAUGCUAUAUUAUCAGAAAAUGGAGAUUAUACUGUAAAAUAUUAUGCCGCCAAGGAAUUAUUAGCUAAAUAUAACCAAAAUCCGGCAACAUUUACUCCAGAUAUGCCUGAACUUGUAUCCAGAAUAACAUAUCCAAGCAUACCUAUAACUCAUGAAAUAAGUAUUACUAGUAUUCUGGAUUCCUUGCCAAAUGAAGAAAGGUCUAAUUCAGUUUCCAUGGAACAGUUAAAUAUCAAUAAUGGAAAUGGACAAAACCUCUUUGGUACAUGGAAACGGGAAAAUGGUACGAUAAUACUCACCGAACAAGAAUUACAUAAUGCAACGCUUGAUAUUAUUGUGGAAGACUCCGGCAGAGUCAAUGGAGGAGGAGCAUAUAAACAAUUCAAAGGCCUUUGGCAAGGAGGAAUCGAAAUUAAUAACCGACCAGUGUCUGAUUGGAAACAUUCAGCGCUUGAAUUCAAAAAGUCUUGGAUUAACCGAUUAGAUUCGUGGAUCGAAGCGUACGAGCCUGAAAAUGAAUUGUCUGAGCCGAAACUUUUCAAAAGUACCUUACCAAUAACGGAAGAACCUAAGGAUACUUAUAUCAAUAUGGAAAAAUGGGUCAAAGGGAUUGUGAGCGUGAAUGGUUUUGUUUUGGGACGAUAUGCUAAAAUGGGACCUCAACAAACCUUAUACUUACCGGCUCCGUUUUUGAAACAAGGGGACAACGAUAUUAUUGGAGUGAAAUGUAUGGUGAGCAACGGAGGAAAAGCCAAAACUAAAGCCAUUCCGAAACCAUAG